AUGCAGAAGCAACACGCCUCUGAGGCGGGCAAUGGAUCAUCCACGACCCAGGCUCCUGAAGACAAAGCGCCAAAAGAGGCAGUGGCUGGGAGCCAGCCUGACCCAAGGGCCAUCAUGCAGAUCGGAUUGGGUUUCAUGAGCUCCAGGGUGCUGCAAGUGGCGGUAGGGCUGGAACUGUUUACUGUGCUUGGUGAUGGGUCCAUGACUGCAGAGCAGCUUGGUGACGCUCUAGAGCUGCACCCUCGAGGCACGUACGAUUUUUUCGAUACACUUGUUGCACUGAAACUGCUCGAUCGGGAUGGGGACGGUGCGGAGGGACGGUACAAGAACACACCAUCGACGGCAGUGUUCUUGGACAAGAAGAGCCCGCAGUACAUUGGCAGCAUGCUGGAGAUGGUGAAUGCUAAGUUGUACAACGACUGGAGCAACCUUGAAGCUGGGCUCAAGACUGGACAGCCGCAAACCAGGAAGGGCGGUUCGGUGUACGAUGAGCUUGGAUCGACCAGCGAUUCCCUGGCCCGGUACCUUGACGCAAUCGACAGCAUCCAGGCUGGCAAUUUCCUUCAAUUUGCAGCGAAAUUCGAUCCUCAGGGCUACAAGACUGUGACCGAUGCUGGCUGCGGGUCGGCGCUGUUUGCCGUUAUUGUGGGCAGGCAGCAUCCGCAGCUCAGCUUCAAUGCAUUCGACCUCCCCUCCGUGACCCCCGAAACUCAAAGACGCAUCGAUGCUGCCAGCAUGACCGAUCGUGUAACUGUGCACUCUGGCGAUUUCUUUGUCGACGACCUCCCCAAGGCGGACGUCGUCUUCAUGGGCCAAGUCCUGCACAACUGGAACUUGGAGAAGAAGUUGGUCCUAAUUAGGAAAGCUUACGAUGCGCUGCCAGCAGGGGGAGCUUUUGUGGUCAUUGAAAACGUCCUUGAUGAUGCGAGGCGAGAGAACACUGUUGGCCUGCUGGUGUCGCUCCUCAUGAUUCUGGAAUUUGGCGAUGGGUUCGAUUUCACAGGCGAGGAAUUCAAGGGGUGGUGCAGCAAGGUUGGGUUCAGGCGUUUUGACACAAUACCACUUGGGGGACCCUCCAGCGCGCUCGUUGCUUACAAGUAG